AUGAAUUCCCUUUUCUCUCUCAUCCUUUCCUUCCUCCUCUUCACUUCCAUCACCAAUCUUCCAUCAAACAACGCUGCUCCAUCUCAAGUUGUAGACACUAACAAUAACCCCCUCAUCCAUGGCAACCAAUACUUCAUUUUUCCAGCAACCGAUAAACCUAGCACCGGAGGACUAACCCUAAACAAAAUCUCCGAUUCCGAAUGUCCACUAACCGUCCUACAAAACAACGCUAUAGCAGGCAUACCAGUCAAAUUCACCAUCCCAGAAAGCACCACCGGUAACAUCCUAACCGGUACUGAUCUCGACAUUGAGUUCACAAAGAAACCUAACUGCGCCGAAUCAUCAAAAUGGUUGCUCUUCGUUGAUAACACCACUCAACUGAACUGUGUUGGUAUUGGUGGUCCUGAGAACUACCACGGUGUUGAAACGGUCGGUGGAAAGUUUUUGAUAGCGAAACAUGGUUCUGGAGGGGUUUAUAGGCUUGGGUUUUGUUUGGAUAGUACUGGUGAUUGUGGUUAUCUUGGACUGAAAAAGUUUGGUUCUGAAGAAGGUGGAGCACGUUUGGUUUUGACUGUAACUAAUGCUUAUUCUGUUGUGUUUGUUGAUGCUGGUUUUGUUAAAUCUGUUGCUGGUGGGGAAAUUAGUAACAUGAGUUAG